AUGUUUGAGGGUAUGAGCGAAACUGUUGCAAUGCUCGAUACUUUCCCUAAAACACUUAGAUAUCAGAUGCUCUUCCUGGUCAUUGCCUAUUUAGUUCCCAUGACCCUCAUGUCGCUGUGCUACACUGUAAUGGGAAAAGUGCUGUGGGGUUCCCAAUCUAUUGGGGAACUGACUCAGCGACAAAUCGACUCUAUACGAUCCAAGCGCAAGGAAAUUUCAGUCGAUUUUAAGCUUGAGAAAAAAGUAUUUCUAAAAGUAAACUGGAAAUGCGAGAAAGAUGUUACAGCUGGGAAAUGCUAUCUCCCCUAUCUCAAUUCUAUUUGA